GCAACGCGAUUCUUGAUGGCAGCGAUGGACAAUCUCCAAUUCCCUUCCAAAACGUUUCUUCUUCAAGCUUGCUCGUCUGCGAUUCAAUCCUUUGGCGCCACAUCGAAGUUUAUUUUAACGAACCCAAUUGGAGGGCCUGCCUUGAUUCCGCCUGAUUAAGGCACUGUGAAGGACCUGUGACGAUUAACCCCAGUACCCCACAUUGGGAAAGGCUGACCCUCUCAGGUUUUUGGAGUUCAGAGGUGCAGUCAAAGUACAUGCCUUAUGCAAGGAAAGAAGAAUGUUGGGGGCUCAGUGCUGUUCAAACCCUCCAAAACUUAACCCAAGCAGUGGUGCAGGGCAUUUUGAGAAAUUUGGAGGCCUCAACACUUAUGUCACUGGUCCUGCUUACUCCAGCCCCGCUCUUCUUCUUGUCUCUGAUAUUUAUGGAUAUGAAGCUCCAAACUUAAGGAAGCUUGCAGACAAGAUUGCGGCUGCUGGAUUUUAUGUGGUGGUUCCUGACUUCUUUUAUGGAGAUCCAUAUAAUCCUGAUAACGUUGAGAAGCCACUACCAGUUUGGAUAACAGAUCAUGGAGUGGGUAAGGGAUUUGAAGAUGCAAAGCCAGUUAUAGAAGCAUUAAGAAGGAAGGGUGUUUCUGCAAUUGGUGCUGCAGGGUUUUGUUGGGGAGCCAAGGUAGUGGUUCAAUUAGCAAAGCCUCAUUUUAUCCAAGCAGCUGUGCUGUUACAUCCGUCAUUAGUUGCUGUGGAUGAUAUCAAGGGUGUUGAGGUUCCCAUGGCUGUACUUGGAGCCGAGAUUGAUCGGUAUUCUCCACCGGUGCUCUUAAAACAGUUUGAAGAGGUCUUAGCUGCUAAGGUUGAUGUCUACUUGAAGAUAUUUCCCAGUACCGCACAUGGUUGGACUGUGAGGUACGACGUUGAAGAUCAAAACGCUGUGAAGUCUGCAGAGGAGGCACAUCGAGACAUGUUGGAGUGGUUUACCAAGUACGUUAAACGAGGAACUGCUUUGAUGAACUCUCGUUUGUAAUCCUUAUAAGUCUUGUGCUUAGUGACUUAUUGUUUGGAAAGUUGAAGAAUUCUUCAUGUCAGUGUGUUAAAUUGCUGGAAACCUCGUCUAUGAUAUUUGAUGCAUUUUAAGAACAAAGAACUGAAUAGUUUAUGAAAAAGACCCUUUGGCCUUACAA